GAAAUUUGAGAUGACAUUCUACUUGCUUCCUAAAAAUUGAAGUGUGUUAAAUUCACGACGUCUUGUAAGCAAUUUGCAUGUCAAUUUUUGGACCCUUGCAAAGUUUACGAUAUCCGUUGCAAAAUGGUUUAAUGAAAGACGACGACAGUGCGGCACUUUUUCUUCCUCUGUUUUGGCCUAGAUGCCUAUAUCUAGCCAUAAUUCUUAUUUACCAUUUUUGUCAAUCUACAUAGAUCUCUGAGAUUCGUUGAAGUUGAUGGUCGUGUUGACUUUUUCAUGCAAAUACGCCAUAAAUGUCACCUUUUUACUGUGAUGGUGACGACCAUGAAGCAAGUUCUAAAGAUCAGGAACCUUAUUAUCGAAACAGCAUGCAUAACAGCGAACUUGGAGCAGCUUCAUUCAUAUCAUCAACGUACCUGAAACCGGCUGAUGGGCGACGGCUCGGCGGCCGGGUGGCUGAGUGCAGCGGAGGACGAGCGGCGCCAACUGAAGGGGGCGGCGGGUGCGCGGCCGCCGGCCUACAACGCCGUGUCGCCGCCACAGUCGCCGCCGGCCGCCACCAUGCCGGCCCCCCGCUGGAAUCAAGCCAAGAGCUGUCUGAAGACGAACGCGCUCACGCUGCUCACUCUUCUCGGCGUGUUCUCCGGCAUCGUGCUCGGUCUGAUCCUGCGCACCUCCAGCGACGAGCCAUGGUCCGAGCGGGACGCCAUGUACGUCUCCUUCGUGGGCGACCUGUUCCUGCGCAUGCUGAAGGCGCUCAUCAUCCCGCUGAUUGUGUCCAGUCUGAUCUCGGCCGUCGGAAACCUCGACCUCAGCCUGUCGGGCAAGAUCGGCGCCCGCGCCGUGGCCUACUACAUGCUGACCACGGUGAUGGCCGUCAUCCUGGGCAUCAUUCUGGUGGUGGCUAUCCAUCCGGGUCAGGGCACUGAUGAGGGCAUCGAGAAAGGCGAGUUUGGCCGAAACACUACCACUGCCGACACGCUGAUGGAUCUGGUCAGGAAUAUGUUUCCGCCCAACCUGGUGCAAGCAGCCAAUUUCCACUAUCGAACUGUGCUCAUCACACCCACUGAAGAAGAUGAGGAAAAGUAUCGACAAAAGGUCGGCAACGACUCGGCCAACAUACCGGUGAACAUGUUCAAGAUCAGUGGCCAGUACAGCGAGGGCGCCAACAUCACCGGUCUGGUCGUGUUCUCCAUCGUCUUCGGCAUCGUCAUAGGCAUGAUGAAGGACCAAGGCAAGAUCCUGCUGCAGUUCUUCUCAGCUCUGUCCGAGGCCAUCAUGCACCUGACCAGGAUCGUCAUCUGGCUCUCCCCCGUCGGCGUGUGCUUCCUGAUCGCGGCCAAGAUCCUGGAGCUGAAGUCGUUCUCUGUGCUGCUGGGCCAGCUGGGCAUGUACUUCAUCACGGUGCUGGUCGGCAUCCUGGUGCACGGCUUCAUCGUGCUGGUGCUUAUCUACGUGCUGAUCGUGCGCGAGCUGCCGUUCCGCUACAUCGCCAACAUCAGUCAGCCGCUGGCCACCGCCUUUGGCACAUCAUCCAGCUCGGCGGCACUGCCGCUGACGAUUGCCGCGCUGGAGGAAAAGAACGGCGUGGACUCUCGCGUGGCCCGGUUCGUGCUGCCCAUCGGCGCCACCAUCAACAUGGACGGCACGGCGCUGUACGAGGCCGUGGCGGCCAUCUUCAUCGCCCAGGUCCGCAACGUCAGUCUCGGCAUCGGAAGCAUCAUCGCCAUCAGUAUCACGGCGACGGCGGCCAGUAUCGGCGCGGCCGGCAUCCCUCAGGCGGGUCUGGUUACCAUGGUGAUGGUUCUGGAUACGGUCGGACUGCCGGCUGAGGAUGUCUCGCUCAUCAUCGCCGUCGACUGGCUCCUCGAUCGGUUCCGGACCACCAUCAACGUGCUGGGCGACUCUCUGGGCGCCGGCAUCGUCAACCACCUGAGCAAACAGGAGCUGGCGAACAUCGAGCACCGCGCCGACACCGUCACCGCCAAACUGGAGGGCGGCGAGAACGGCAUGGAGGCCACUCCGCUGUGAGCGCCCGCCGGCGGCCAGCGCUGUACAAACGGGGGCACCGGCCCCGAGACCCGGCGGCACGCGCGGAGGGAGAGCCGCUCUGAGGAUGGGUGAGAGAGACGAAGCGCGUGUGAGAGUUAGGCGUGUGUGGGAGAGAACCGCUCUUCCGAGUGUUAGAGACUGAGAGACGCGUUCUCCUGAAUGUGUGACCGGAAGAAGCGUUCUUGUGAGGGUGGGUGUGACCAGGAGACGCGUUCUCCUGAUGUCGUAACUGGACGAAGUGUGAAAAGACUGAGCGUGCUUUAGCUGCGAGACUCGCUCCCCUAAUUGUGUGUUAUCGAGAGACCGCGCGUGACUGGAAUGACCCGCUGACCCCAGGGGGUAUUAGAGAGAGACCAUCUCUCUCAUAAUGACGUAACUUGGAGGCAUGCUUAUUUGGACGUGCGUGACCGACAUUUCCUCUUCUGAGUGUUUUACUCGGAGGAGCGUUUGCCUGGCUGGGAUAACCCACUGGCCAGAGCGUGUAUGACUGGGAGGCCCGUUUCGAUGCUAAUAGUGUAUAUUCGGAGUCAGGAGACGCACUUAUCGGAAUGCGUAUAUAAUUCGGAGACCAGCUCCCAAGAGGAUGCAGUGUCAGUAUCGCGCUCUCGGGAGAGUGAGUGAGUGGAAAAUGCUCUUAUUUGCGGCGUGUGUGAGCGGUGGACUCUUGCCCGCAGUGUUCUCUGUGUCGAUCGUAGGCUCCCGUUGUCGCUGGGAGUCUGCUGUGCGGAUAGCGGCUGUCCCGCAGCCGCUCGCAUCUGUAGACGAUGCCGUCAGUGGGCUGCUCGGCGCCGCGCCGGCCGCGCCCCGUACGCCGGGCCUUCCGACCCCCCGCCGCGUCUGGUGUCCCCCCCCCCCCGCCGCGACCGUGACGCCGAGUGGCUGCCGCGGCGACUCCUCAUUGUACCGAGCGAAACUCGUUUGGCCCCAUUGGAUAAUUGCCACAUGAGGGCGACUAAUUCAAUAGACGAGCGAGUGAGCGCAAA